AUGUUUAUUAAAUCCAUAUUGGCAAUUUGUUUGUUGGCCUAUUGUGCCAGUGCCUCUGAUAUCGAUAUUGAUAUGGAUCCAGUAAUUGCACAGCAUCAAUAUGCAAUGCGCAUUAUGAUACGUUCAUUAUCUGGCAACAUGAAUCGCGAUUUACCUACCGCCGAUCAAUGCUUCGAUUAUUACUUGGAUCAAGAAAACGCUAUUUAUAAUGAGUAUAGCCGCACUUACAGAGGAUGUUCAACGACUGCCAGCGAUGCUAAGAAAGCUCUUUCAGAUGAAAACGCUGAGAAACGUGACAGUAUGAUUACACAGAGUAAGGCAGUUUGUAGUGGUUUGGAGAGCUGUUACGAUGUGACUGACGGUUUAGCUUUCUUCACAUGCAUGAAAGAUACUUCAUCUAAAAGUGUUUCAACAGUAUGGGGAUUGGAGACUGACUCUAGUAACCAAGUGCAAUACUUGGAAAUUCAGUAUCAAAAAAUUGAUAAUGAUCAAAAAGUCUGUUCAACUGCUGCUCGUAAUAAGUAUAUUGGCGAUAUGGCAACAUGCAAUACUGAUUUAGACAGUUGCUUAGCUGGUGGUUCAACUCUUCCAACAACCGCAGCUCCCGCGGAUUCCACUACUCGUCCACAACCAACAAUUGAAGAUACCACUACUACUUCUCUACCAGUGGAGACCACCCCAGAACCAAUAACUGAAGAAACUACUACUGUUGCACCAGUGGAGACCACUUCAGAACCAAUAACUGAAGAAACUACUACUGUUGCACCAGUGGAGACCACCCCAGAAAUUGAUCGUCUGUAG